UUCGAAACUCGUUCAGAACCAGAGGCAGUGAACACAGACUCGAUGAACCCUUGUCGGCCAUGCAGAGGCAAACGACCGAGCUCAUUGUGACCCUCGUGUUUGUGCCUCUCUGUGUGCUGGCCUGGCAUUCUGUGUGGACGUGGCGGUGUUGUCUACACCGGUGGUGGUGAUGGUGAUAGCGAUGGUAAAUGUGCGGGACUGUGGUGGUGGUGAUGAUGGUAUUUGCGGAUGCAGCAUCUAGAAAUCGUGGUGGUGAUGGUGGUUGUUAUGGUGUGCCACCGAAGUCCCGAGCGGCUUCGAGACAAGGAAGAGAAGCUACGCGGCUCACUUCAGCCAGUCAGUCAGUGGUGCGGCGUUGAUGCUGGUAACAGUGGUGGGGAUCCCGGCACACAGCCAGCAGGCAUCGGCAGCAUCCUUCCGCCUGGUCACCGCUUACACGUUAAACCGAACUGAUGACUCCACUCAAACAUUUCUCAGAGUGGGGACCUCUCCCUCCACCCGGUCCCUUACCUUGGCUCUGCAGACUGACCUGACUAACUGUGGAUGCAAUGUCACCGGGAAUUACUCAGGUCGCGUCCUCCAGGUGACAGGUGGCUACACAGGUGAUGCGCUCAAAAUCGUGGCGCAGAGGUACCAGCAUGUGGGGGGCGUUGGAUCAGCUGAGGAGUUGGUGAGCGUAGCGUGGCACCCCGAGGAAGAGAGCGAGACGCAGCCGGAACCGAGGCAGGACGGGGCGUGGUGGUGCGCACUCAGUUCUCUGAAUCCAUCUUUGGCGUAUCUGUGGACUCACUGAUGCCGGGGAAGCGUCGGCGUCUCCUGAACCUCACCGUCACGCCACACACUGGAAAACACUGGCAGGUGAGCCUACAUGUGCCAAUUAUCUCUACAGCCCUCGAGUGGGAGACGAAGCUCUGGAAAAAUCAGGGCAAGCAACAUUGGGAAGUUAAUGGGGAAGUCAAGUCUACCAAAUCUGACAUAUCGUUAGAAUUCGUUCACUUCAAGCAGGAGAAGCAGGACGAGGAGACUCAGGUCACGGAUGACAGAGGUGAGGCUGGCAGGUGUGAUGCUGAAGGUUGUGGGGACGGCGGUGUCAAGGAGCCAAAAGCCAAGUCGCGGCACCACGUCGACAGUGAUUGCGACUCAGAUUUAAGAAAAGAACAGACAGUAGACCAGAAUGAAGUUUGUAGUGGUCGAGAUCAUAAAUCAGAAGACUUAAAGCAAAAUGAUCCUGAUUCCGUAAUGUUAAAUGUAGACGAAGAAUGUUCCAAGAAAGCGGAGUGUGAUGGACCGGAAGAGUCAGUGUCAAGUGAAGCUGUUCAAGAGACUACACAAAAAUUAACUUCCCGGGUUUUCAGCCUUUCUUCCAACAUGAAAACUUUCGUCUCAUCUGACGGAGGACGCUGGAUUCGGAUCCUGCAGCGCACACACCUGGCAUUCUGUCCUCACGUUGGCUGGAACUUGAACCAAAUAUUUCGGUUCAAUCGUGACUGGACUGGGUGGGAGUACGUGGUGAACACCUGGGAGUGGGGCAACAUGGUGGUGAAGGCGGAGUGGGGCGUCUCUCUCCUGCAGUGGUACCAGAAAACUUUCAGCUUCUCUUUCGACCAGGCGGCGGCGCUCCCCUCCACGCAGCUGGUCCUGGAUUUCCGUGACUGGUGGAGCUACAAGGUGUGGCUGAAGUGGCCGGUCCUCGCGUCCUCCCUCGCCGCUUCCCUCACGCUUGGUCGCGACAGUCACACACUGCUGGGCGAGUCAGACCGUGUGGGGGUGACGUGGGAAGUGAAGAAAGUGGACGAGUUUCUGGGUGAGGACGCCGGAAAGGUGGUGGCGCGGGUGGUAGCGCGACACACCCCUGCUGGCUUGGUGGUGACCUUCCACGCCGACACCGCCAGCAGGCAGGAGCUCCACGAUACCGUCACUGCCGUCCUUGCUCAGGCCAUGGAGAGCCCUGACCUGUGUGGCGAGGUGCCUGACCACGCCACGCUUCUGAAGUUCCUGCACGACUUCCUUGGACAGUCACCGGCGAGUCUCUGGGCGGAUCUGCUGCAGGAAGUCCGUCGCCUGCUGCUGGGGUCUGGCACCGAGGCAGACUUACAUCACCUGCUGGAAGUUUUCAGGGAGGAAAUGGGGACAGAAGGCGUAGGAUUGUGGGAGGCAGUAUGGACGGUGCUGGAGCGGGCGGGGCUGCUGCGUUCCCGCGGCGAGGAGGUGGAGGUGGUGGUGCCCUCCGAGUGGAUUAGGCUGGCGCAGGGGUGGUUCACUUGGGCUGUCAUGGGAGGCGGCGGGCAGUGCGAAGGCAACACACUGAUGGUUAACCUGGUGGAUGCGCUGGCGGAGACCCUGAGGCGAAGUGGCAGCGGACAAGCAACCUUUUGACCCACCAGUCAGACAAACUUUUAUGUUCGUUCUGAAGGCAAAUCAAAAGCAGGAAUUUGUUACCAAAACCAUAAAUAAAUGACGUCAUCGUACAUCUGGCAUCCAUUCGUGUAGCUGCUAUACAACACUAUAUUGUUUAUUUAUUUAUUUUUUUACUUUGUGUUGAUUAAUUGCUUGCUUAUUCUUAGAAAAUAUGUAGGCGAUAAUAUCAACAUAAAUUAUAUACAUGUAUUCAUUUCAUUGGGACUAUUCACUCCUGUUGCUACGUUCUCAUGUUCGUUUGUAUUGAAAAAUGUUCCCUUAAUUAUCAAUACACCCAACCAUCAAUAAUUAUUAUAGUAAUAUCAAAAUAAAAUGUUCAUUGUUAAAUACUGGAUCAAAAUAAAGCCAAUCAGGGA